GGCUGCCUACUGCUGCUGGUGAUGGCUCUGCCCCUGGUCAGGCCAGGUGCCAUGGACUGCAUCUUCUGUGAGCUGACCGACUCCUCCAACUACCCUGGCAUCCCCAUGACCUGUGGCGAUGACAAGGAGUGCCUCAUUGGCAAAGAGAUGGCCCCUGGCCUCGGCCCCAUCAUCAACAAAGGCACCAUGGACAUCAGUUCCUACCGUCGCCUUGAAGAGCCUGUCACCUAUCAGAGCAUCACCUACAGCCUCACCUUUACCUGCCGUUAUGGCGAACUGUGUAACAGGGCCCCCACCCCCGCAGGCAGCCUGAAGGUGGGGGUCCCUUGCCUGGCGCUGGGCGUGCUGCUGCUGCUGCUUCAGUGA